UCAUGUGACGAUUUUUAAAUAUUAGCGUUGAAAAGGUUAUUCUUGAAUGGGAAAAUGAACGAAUUACUGCAAAAGCAUGGCUGUGCUAACGUAUUCACGAUACCUGAAGGGCUUAAGGAACUUAUGGCGGAUAUUUCAAGAGAAGUUCUACGCGCACAACCUAAGAACAUCAACGAAUUCAUCAGCAACUAUCUAUCAGUUCUGCUGAUCACGCGCGAACACGGCGUGAUGGCGGUUAAGAUACUCGAGGAGUUGUGCGACUGCCGGCCCUCGGUCUCCCAGCACUUGCUCGAGCUCGGUCUAGACCGGACUGUAGCGGAAACUUUCGCACAGAUCAUAAAAGAUGAGAUUGAAAACGUCGAGACAAGUGACGACAAAGAGAACAUCAAAGAAUCGGAUAUAUUAAAGAAAAUGUUGGCAACAGUACCGCUGGACGAAGAAAUGGCGGCUAAUGUCUGCCAGAUAGUGAGAAACGCAUACAAAGACUAUGUCUACAAGAAGAAAUUAAUGGAACAUAGCACGUCGAUGCACGGGGACGAGCCGUGGCAGGUGGCGGCGGAACGGACCCUCGCACUCUACAAGAAGACCAAGCCGACGUUACACGAACUACACAGGGCCUCGGAAAGGAUACAGGCGGCUUACAGAGGUUAUCAUGUGCGCAGAAGCCUCUUGAAGCAUCUGAAACCGAAGAAAAGGAAGGGUGGACCGCAGGAGUCGACACCAGGACCCACACCUGAUAUUGGGGGCUCCAGAGAGAUUGAACUCGGUCCCCUUAUUAAAAUCAAAGUCCGAGAAGAUAACGUGUUCGCGAUGUUCCAAGAGCACGCGACCGCGACUUUGGGUCUCAGUUACCAUCCCACGAAUACGCUGACCCACGUGGAGAGCCAGUCCGAGGAGCGCGCGGCGGCCGCGCAGCCCGCCGGCUGGCCGCACUGCACCGCUAUGAAGACCGAAAUACGCAUGGUCCAAGUUGAUUCUAGGCCUAGAGUUUAA